AUGAUCCGACACUUGCAUUCUAGAAUCUUUCACCUUGUUGAAUAUGAGCGAAUCGAAUGGCAUGAAAGGAGAAACAAUCCAUUAUGCUGCAGUGUGUUUGAAGUCCUGGAUCCCAAGAGUAGUAGCAACAUAAAACUUGAUCCUAAAUUUGAGAUUCCUCUCCCUGGUCCCAAAUCAAUCCAGGGUAGAAGAGUUUAUGUUGAUGUGCUUUCUCGUAAUGGUCUUUUUUACUUGAGUUGUUCAAUGGACAGAGACAUUUCACUUGUUUGCAACCCAAUAACAGGUGAGUUCAUAAGACUUCCAAAACAACCUCCAAUCCUGAAGCCCUACGAGCAAAUAUCUUGGGGUUUUGGUUUUCACCCAAAAACAAACCAAUACAAGGUAAUGAGAAUAUAUAUCUCUAAACAUGAUCAUCGUAUGGUUGUUGAAAUGCACACAGUUGGAACUUCGACAUGGAUAAAUGUUGAGGUAGAUUAUCCCAAAAAUUUGAUACAUUUGUUAACUCAUUCUGCUUAUUUCAAUGGGGCACUUCAUUGGAUUGGUACAGAUGUUGAUGGAAAUGUCUCAAUAUGGGCUUUCAAUUUUGACAUGGAAAGGUUUCAAUCCUUUUCUAUGCCGCCGAGGGAUCAAGGUACAAAAGUCCGGAUAUUUGAAUUCAGGGGUUCUAUUUGCUUGAUAUAUUUUAAUGAGCUACUUGUCACAAUGUGGAUGAUGAAAAUAUAUGGAGAUGGAGAAUCUUGGGCUCCCAUUUUUCAAUAUACUAAUUCUUCCAUAACCACAUCUCAAUUACCUAGCUGCAUUGGCUCCCUUGAUCGUGAAAAUCAAGAGUUUAGGAUUUUUGUGACUCCUUGGUGUGAUUUCAAGGCUCAUGGCAAGUUUUAA